AUGUCCGAGUUUCCCUGCACACUCACCAUCGACGUGCCGUUCCCUACGGCCAGGCUAGCCAAUGUAGCACUUGGCUCGCUCAGCGUCGACAAGGAGCUUUCGCCAUCCGUGCAGCGGGAGUUCUCCACAGUCUCUGCUUCUUCGGGCACGACCGAGGAGACGGUCCUGCGCACCGAGUACAGCGCCACGACGAACCGCAUGCUCCGCGUCGCCGUCAACUCCUUCAUGGACAGCCUGAGCCUCGUCAUCGAGGUCAUGGAGCAGCUCGAUGCCGACGUACUGGAGGCGCAGGCCAAGGCUCCGUGA